UGCAAUCCCAUUAUCAAGUAACCAAACAAUGAAGAUAUGCUUUACAAAAAACCAGGACUUGUAAGGCUUCUUGGCAUAUGCAGCAGAAUCAGAUUCCUAGCUGAGCCGUAAAGAAUGUCCAAGCUGAUCCUAAAAGAUAAUUUUUGCAGCCAACUUUGAGCAAAUUCUUUGCUAUAUAGCCGAUAUUUAAUCCUGUUUUCAGGAACUGCAUAAAGCAUCUACAACGUUAUGUCCGGACAGAUAUUCUGCAUGGUGAUGAGGAUAAACGUAGACUGCAAUGCCUGCUGCAGGAAAAUGAGAAGAGUUCUUCUUAAUAUCAAAGAGGUGGAGACUCAUUUGAUAGAGAAGCAACAUCUACGCGUAAGCGCCUGUGGGAGAUUCCAGCCAGCAGAUGUGGCCAUAAAAAUACGGAAAAAAAUGAACAGGAGAGUCGAAAUUCUUGAAAUUCAGGAGUUCAGCAUGAAUGAUGGCUCUGCAGAACAGCAGCCUGAUCAAGUCAUGGACAAUACUGGACAACAACAGCAUGCAUAACAUUCAGCAACUCUGGCUCUGUUAAUUUCUCAAUGUAUACAUUAUACAUAAGCCCUGAGAAAUGGCAAGAACAUACUCCUAUCAAAGGGAGGAUCCAUUUAUUUGUUUA